GUCAAACUCACUCGACGGAAAGUGGCUCUCUUGACAAGAUCGAAAACACUAGAAGCUUUUGUUGAAUUUUGUACAAAACAGACAAAAUGCCUAAAGUAAAGAGGAGCCGAAAACCGCCUCCUGACGGAUGGGAACUCAUUGAGCCCACUUUGGACGAGUUGGAUCAGAAAAUGAGAGAAGCUGAAACGGAGCCUCACGAAGGAAAGCGAAAGGUGGAAUCUCUCUGGCCCAUUUUCAGGCUCCACCAUCAGCGCAGUCGAUACAUCUUCGACCUCUUCUACAAGAGAAAAGCCAUAAGCAGAGAAUUAUAUGAUUACUGUAUAAAAGAAGGCUACGCAGACAAGAACCUGAUUGCCAAGUGGAAGAAGCAGGGCUACGAGAACCUGUGCUGCUUGCGAUGCAUUCAAACACGAGACACCAACUUUGGAACAAACUGCAUUUGCAGAGUCCCUAAAAGCAAGUUGGAAGUUGGAAGGAUCAUUGAAUGCACUCACUGUGGAUGCAGAGGAUGUUCUGGCUAGACGGAAGUUUUUGGACUCAUUGUUUUUCUGUUUUACAUCAGGACUCAUCCUGCCUUCACUCUAAUAACCCUGAAGAAUUUUUAAUUUCCUUCAUCUGCAUCUGAAACACUCAGUUAUCACCAUCCUCAGCUGUCUUUAAAGGGGAUCAACUUUUUUUAAAUAUUUUAUGUUUAAAGACAUUAGAACAACGGGGAGUAAACAACUGAGACCAUGUUGGUUAGUUUUUCUUCAACAAUUAAGAGUUUAAAGCAGGAAGAUAAAUGUUUGAGUCAGAUCUGUCAUUCCAGCUUGUUAUUCCCACCGUCAAGGUCAGUUCUGAUGAUGUCUUUUUGUUUAUUGGAAAGGAUUUUUUUUUUUUACAUUACUGCUUUAAAUCAUAAUGCUACCAACCUGAUUAGGAUUUUGAAUAAAACAUUUCAGAUGCA